AUGUGUUCACUAUCUGAAAAUCUUCUAAAUGCAUCCUUAUCAGUAUGGCUACGAAGAGAUUUCGUAACAGCACGUGUGAUCACUCGUGAUGAAUUUCAUGUUCAAAUCAAUGGAUUAAUUGAAGAAUUUAAGAGAACAAUAAGCAAUGAACUGAUUUUGUUAUUCAAAUUAAUGCAAGUAACAAAUCUUGCAAAUCAACUAGCAACAACUGAAUCAUCCAACUGGGAAUUCAUUGUCAAUCCCAUCUAUAAUGUUUCUUCAAUUAAUUACAUCGGUUCAACAUUGAUUUACUAUGCGAAACCUUUUCCAAUUAAAACAUUGAUUCCAUCGUCAUCAUCUUCUUCUAAUCGAACAGUGGAAUCGAUCCUUGCUGAAUUUUUUGUCGAAGAAUGGGUUCCGAAUGUCUCGUUUGAUCGCUAUUAUGAAGAACGUGCUCCUAAACUCUGUCAAUAUUCUCAUUCAGCGCCAUUUAAUGGGAUCUAUUUUUUAACUAAGACAUUAUCAAUUUUGGGUGGUUUAUCAAAAAUACUACGGAAAAGAAGAGUAGCACCAUAUCCAACUAUGGUUGGGCCCAAUACAGAUGAUGUCACUCUCAAUACUAUUCCGAAUGUUCCCAUAACAACACUCGAGAUCAAUGCCGAUCCAAUUCAAGAGCAAAUCGAACCAAGAUCUAAUAAUCGAACUGAUCGAAUAAUUGCAAUCUGUCUAUGUCUAUUAGUUAUAGUUACAAUAGUUGUAGCUUCAGUCAUCUCGACAGGAAAAAGAGAUACGAAAUAUAUAUCAAUAACUACAUUAAUCGCCACUUUAAUAACUACUACAGAAAUAACAGAAUCAACUACAACAUCAACAGGUAAGCAUACAAGUGUUGAAAAACAUCUUGAGGGUUGUAGGAUUGCUAAUUUGUUUUUAGAAAUUUGUUAUAUGACUUUGAUAUAUCAAUCUAAAACUUAUCCAAUUGGUCUUGAUGCCAAUUCAUUUAUUCUUGGUGAUCUAAAUGGCGAUUCAUUUUUAGAUUUAGCGGUGACAAAUUAUGGAAAUGACACAUUUAGCAUAUCAUUUGGAGAUGAAAAUGGAGCAUUCCAACCACAACAAGUUUAUUCAACCGGUUAUGAAAGUUAUCCUUGGGGAAUAGCAUCCGGCCAUUUCAACAAUGAUACAUUUUUAGACAUAGGUAAAUAUGUCUCUGUAUUAUUAAACCUAUCUACAUAGUUCAGUAAUUCCUCAAAGAGUAUUAUGAGAAUUUACGGUAGUAAUCCUCAGGAAAGACACCGUGUUCGAUCGGUUCCAAGACAAAUCUAGUGUCCGGAUUCGUUCAUGAGAAUACUACUUCUAUGUUUCGUCAUUUCCCGAUAUUUUUCUGUGGAAUUUGGCUUGUGCUUCUCGAUUUGGUCAUAUGAGUGACAGAGUCCUGUAAGAUGUGAUCUCAGACAUGAAGUAUGUGAAUGCAAGUGACUGAAGGUGAAUUCGAAGGAUAAACUUCUAGUCAUUUUUUACUUGUAAUCAUAUCCUCACCUGCACACAUCUAUAAUAAGAUUGUCACUGUCACUCUCGUCCUUAUGGCACGAGAAAGCGAAUGUUCAAAUAAUGAGUUUUUCGAGAAUCUAGAGAAAAUUAUCUAUGAAUCCGACAUCAUCAAUAUAUAUCCCGAUAAGCAAUACUCUUUUUUAAUAUUUUAAGGACAAUAUCUAUAUGAAAUGAUAUUAAUGAUAAAGACAUUUAUGAUCAGAAAUGAAAGCGAUUUGAAGAAAUAUAAUAACUACUAUCGUUUUUUUUCUUAUUAAGCUCUUUGAAAUGGAAUAUUUUUGUCAAAAAGUAUUCAGAUCAUUAAUGUAUUUAAUAUCGAUAAUUGUUUUCAUAAUAUAGUUAAAAAUGUUCUGCUAUGUCAACGUGUAGAUGAUAAGACUAUUUAAAUCUAGAAAACUAUGCAUUUCUCAUUCAAAACUUCUCGAACU